GGCGAUGACAGGAGCAGACGACCUGCUGCUCCAUGUAUUUGCGCUUCAUUAAUCUCAUUGUUCUCCUCUUUCUAACCUCACCGCAGCGUUCAUCGCAUCCACGUGUCUCGAUUUGUACCACCGACACUGGAAGAGAAAAGAACAAUCUUGGGAUAAAGCGAGAUUCAGCGUGUCCGUCUUCCACGCUUCGCAAGAUGCGCGCACAAGCGCAUGUUGGCUUCUUGUGAUUCACACUACGACGUGCAAAAAGGAAUGCGCGCAAUUGCUCGCAGAAGGAGCCUAAUGUCAAUUCGGGACCCCUACCACAGUUUUUAAUUACCUUAAUCUCUAUUUACAAGUGUAAUUAUUUGAUGCGUAAUUGUCGCCCCUGGAUUUAAAUCCACUUUCGUGGGCGUGCGUUUUUUCCCCCCAUUAAAUCCGACCCAGAUACAUAUGGACUGUGCAGGGCUCAGCGCUGAAGCAGUCGCACCGCUGCUUCUCCACAACGCGUCAUCGGCUUGGAUCGUCGGCACCAAACAGAGAACCGACUGGAAUGCGGAACCCCGUUUUGUCUUGUCUGUUAUCACCUGUGACACUCUUAGCGGUGCGCUCCCAGUCCGCCAAUUCAGCUGGUGAGGCAACAUAGGCCAUGUUGAGACAAGUCCUCCUCAACUCCACCGGCGCCCCACACCUCGACCUGGUGCUCAUGGCCCAGUCUUCUACAAGCGCCCCCAUCUCUGUCAAUGUGUCCCAUGGCAGCUUGGUGAGUGUGGCUGCCCUGCUGAGACCCACCACUGGCCGUGGGGGAGGAGGAGGAGCAGGAGGGCUCCGAGAUGGAGAGCUCCACAAACCGGACCUCUUCACCUACAUCGUCAUGUGCCUCCUGUUGUUUCUGCUGGUGCUGAUCAUUGUGUUCUUUAUCAACUGCCAGCUAAGGAAUUCUUUCUUUGCCUCCAUGCCAUAUGACAGGUCACUGAGGGAGGCCCGGACGUCAUACAAGUAAUAUGGACAAGUGAGACUUAGGAUCUUUUCUGGACCAUGGACCAGAUCUUCAUAUAAUGAUGUUGCCUAUGUCAUUUCACUUGUACACUGGACUCUGUGUAAGUGAAUUGAAUAUAUGAAAGCACAGAAGUUGGGCAAGGCCAGGAUCAGGUCAAAUGAUGCAAAGGUUUUCUAUUUCAGUCAUUGCAGAUUACGGUAUGGAGUGUUGGAAGAUUGUAUCCACACCUUGUAGAGUAGACCCAAUAAUUGAAUUUCAAUACUGGGUAAUGUGACUCAUUAAAGUCAAAACGAAUCAUGUUUGCAACAAACAUCAAUUAUAUCAGUUUCUUUUGACACAUUUUUCUAAAUACCUGUUUACUUCAAGUCUGGGAAGUCGGAAAUAACUUUCAAAACGUUACGGAUACGGAUGCGCUAGUAUAUUCUUAUUAAAUUGAAAAUAAAUAUUUUGUGAGGCUAGGUCAUGUUUCAUACAGAGUUCUAAAUUUCAGAACAUUUCAUGCAAACCCAUUUAGGUUAAAUACACAUAAAUAUAAUCAAUGAACACAAAUUGUGAAUAUUGGUAACAUUACCGUUGCAUUCAUUUCCCCUUAGUUCGCAAGGACAUCCAGCUCAUUACAGAGCACUUUGCAGAGGCAAAUUUCAGACUUGCCAGAUUUCUAAAACGUGGCAUUAAGUCUUUUAUUAUUGCCUUGAAAGUUUAAUUUUUCAAGGCAACUAAUAUCGACAGUAUGAACAAAAUGUUUGACUUUUGCAAUGGUGCGACCCCCCCCCCCCCCAAAAAAAAAAUCUUCCAUCUUCCAGUAGAUUGUCAAUAGUGAUUAAA